AUGGAGAAGAGCUUGUGGAUCUUGGUGGAGAGCCCGGAGAAGGGGGAGACACUGGGCGCAGGUGUGGAGGCACCCAUUCUGAAGCAGCUUGUAGGCAAAAGAAUGGGGAGAGAAGAGGCUCCCGUUGCUAGGCGAGCUGGGGCGCGCGAGGAGGAGGCAUUGGGCGCCCAGGCUAUGGCGACACCAAUUUUGGCGAGCAAGCCAGGCGAGAGAGAGAUUAGGUGCCCAGGCUAUGGUGACCUCAAUUGGGUGAGUAAACUAGGCAAGAGAGGGAGGCACGCGAGUGUAUGGCUUGUCUCGGGCGCCGUUAGCGUGCAAGCUGGGCGUGUUGGGGUUGGGUGCCUUGGCAGUCUUGUCAAAUGGGAGUUCAUGGAGGGCCCUCGCGCAAGAGCUGGGUGUUGA